AUGCCUGGUGAUGUGGAGAGUAAUGCUAGGCAGCAGAAUGGGUCUGGCAGCGAAGGCGUGAGGAGGAGGCAUUCGGGUCAGCAUGACGAGUCACUUGUGGUGGCUAAUUCUGAACACGAUGGUGUGCAGAUGGGUACAAAUGUCGUGCAGGCUGAGCCGCAGCGUGUGCGGUUCUCCGUGGACACUGCACGGCCGAAGAAGAGGAAGAGCGACGAGAUGUCGCGGGAUGGUAUGGAAGGAUCGAGCGAGCGACGUGGGAGCGAGCCAGCAGUGAGCAUCAAUGCGAGAGCGGCGAAUAUAAUGUCCAGCAGCAGUGUGCCGGCGCAGCCUAUCGCAGGUGGUCCUCGAAGUACGGGAUCACCAAGCUCACCCUCUGGACGCGUACCUUCAGCCUCGCCACCAGCACGAUCCAGAAGUCGAGGACUAUCUAUGAGGAGUUCAUUGUUCGCCCGCAACUUGGAUCGCAAAGCAUUCAACGACGAUUCUAUCAUGGAGAUGCAACCAGUCGGUCCUGUCGACGGUACCACGGACAGACCACAAACGACGAAAAAGGGUAACCAACCAUCUGUGACUGUCUCAACCAUCGCUGAGGCCGCACCACCUCGCCCACCAUCCUUCACGGCGUCAUUGCCUUCCUUUCAUAAAGUCGGUCACGCAGCAAGUGCUCUCCCGAACUACCAGGCCUGGAUGCAGCACAAAGCUCGAAGACAUCUACCAUUGAAGCGCAUGUCGCAAUGGUAUUCGAAGACUCGCCAAGCUGUCUUGCGAGCGCAGGAGACUCCGCCUUCGAAAGAUGAACGGCAUAUCGUGCUCGAUCCGACCGUCAGCGAACCAUUAAUGGACGAGCGGACUAGCAAACCUCACAUCAGCAACACUAUAAGAUCGUCAAAGUACACACCUUGGAACUUUGUGCCCAGACAGCUGUUUGCUCAGUUCUCCAAGAUCGCAAACUUCUACUUUCUCACCAUAGCGAUUCUCCAGAUGAUACCUGGCCUGUCAACAACUGGAACAUAUACGACGAUUGUACCAUUGCUUUUCUUCGUGGCGAUAUCAAUGGGCAAGGAGGGCUAUGAGGAUUUCCGGCGGCAUAGACUGGACAAGCUGGAGAACAACAGUGAGGCCAAAGUAUUACGUGCCCACGACGCAGUACAAGGAGGGCACAAGGAGCAGGCCGGCAGGGGUCUGCAUUGGGCUUCCGUCAAGUGGCACAAUCUACGAGUGGGUGAUGUCAUCAAGUUGGUACGCGACGACCCUUCUCCGGCAGAUAUUGUGCUGCUUCGAAGUACGGGAUCGAACAGUCUGGCGUAUAUCGAGACAAUGGCGCUGGACGGUGAGACGAACCUCAAGCCCAAGUCACCAUCGGCCGCACUUGUAACAGCGUACACGAGUACCGAGUCAGUAGCGGCUGGUGGUGCGCAUUUCGUCGUCGAAGACCCUAAUCUCGACCUGUACAACUUCGAUGGCAAGGUCACGAUCAACGGCGAGACUGCGCCUCUGACCAACAACGAGAUUAUAUAUCGCGGAAGUGUACUGCGCAAUACUCCUGAGAUCUGGGGCAUGGUCACUCACUCUGGCGAAGAAUGCAAGAUCCGUAUGAAUUCGAACAAGAAUCCGCGCAUCAAGGCCCCUUCUCUGCAGGCGAAGGUCAACAAAGUGGUUAUGGUCAUUGUCUGCUUCGUCAUCUUCUUGGCGCUGUACAACACUAUUGCAUACGAAGUCUGGGCCGCCGACACGGAGACUGAGGCUUGGUAUCUCAAACGUGCUCGUGUGCCUUUUGGUCAUGUUUUGGUCAGCUUCGUGAUCAUGUUCAACACCAUGAUUCCAUUGUCGUUGUACGUCAGUAUGGAGAUCAUCAAAGUGGCGCAGAUGGCGCUACUCAACAGUGAUAUCGACAUGUACGACGAGGUCAGCAAUACGCCACUGGAAGCAAAGACAUCGACUAUCAACGAGGAACUCGGACAAGUGUCAUACGUGUUCUCUGACAAGACGGGCACUCUGACAGAGAACGUGAUGCGCUUCCGCAAGCUGAGCGUUGCUGGUACUGCAUGGCUGCAUGAUGCCGAUUUGAAGGGUGAUUCUGCCAGCGACGAGAUGCUGCUGCACAAGAAGCGGAAGCCGAAAGCCAAGGGUAAAGGCAAGGAGCCACUACGUCGCAUGUCUACGAAGUCCAACUCCGUUGCGGAUGGCGAAGAUCUUCGACCCGGUAGCGAGGUUGACCUUCCCCGAAAGUCGACUCAAUGGGCCUCUCCAGGUACAGAUGCAACUGUCCAGCAACAAAUGUCCACGGCUGAGAUGAUCCAUUUUGUGCAAAGGCGACCGAACACCAGUUUCGCGCAGAAGGCCAAGCUUAUGGUCUUGUCGAUGGCACUAUGCCAUACAUGCUUACCUGAACGGAUAGAAGGCGACGACGAGGAUGUCUCGUACCAGGCUUCUUCACCAGAUGAGUCGGCUCUUGUGCAAGCUGCCAAAGACUUGGGUUAUGUGGCUUGGGAACGUGAUGUCUCGGCUUUGACCUUGAAGACCUACCCAAAUGGACAGAAUGCGGACCCUGCAUAUGAAGUCUUCGAAGUACUGGACGUGAUCGAGUUCUCGAGCAAGCGUAAGCGGAUGUCGGUCGUUGUACGCUUCCCGGACGGUCGCAUCUGCUUGAUGUGCAAGGGAGCAGACUCGGUCCUGAUGCAGCGACUGCGUCUAGCGAACCUGGCAAACCAAAAGAUGGCUGAAGUGGAAGCUCGUAAUGACGAGCGCCGGAGCAUGGAAGUUCAAGAGGUCCUUCGCCGCAAGAGCAGCGUAGGUAGCUUUCCGAGGUCUAGCGCGCAGCUCUCCAGAACAUCGGUAUCUCGACCCAGCAUCGGUAGACUUGAGCCGAUCAGAGAUAACAUCGAUGGUUGGCUAUCUCAUCGCGAGCAGGAUGUGGCGUCGCUAAGGGUAGAUGAUAGGCAUUACUCGCCACGACCGUCUGCGCAGCUCGGUCGACCGUCAGCCUCUGAGCGUGCUGGGUCUGUGCAGACUGACAUGGACGACGAGGAUCUUGUCGAGGAGUCUCUGGCCUCCAAUGAAGCGGCAGUAAUCGAGAGAUGCUUUCAACAUAUCAAUGACUUCGCUUGUGAAGGGCUGCGAACAUUACUCUAUGGCCAUCGCUUUCUCAACCAGGACGAUUAUCGAGGCUGGAAGAAGGUCUAUCAAGAAGCGACCACUUCUCUCGUGGACCGACAGAAGCGCAUUGAACAAGCUGGGGAAAUGAUUGAACAGGAGCUGGAACUAGGAGGCGCCACUGCAAUCGAAGACAAGCUGCAGAAGGGUGUCCCAGAGACUAUCGAUCGUCUGCGACGUGCUGGAAUACACACGUGGAUGCUGACUGGCGAUAAGAGGGAGACUGCUAUCAAUAUUGGUCACUCUUGUCGUCUGAUCAAGGACUACUCAAUUGUCACGAUCCUUGACUGGGAGGAUCGUGAUGUGGAGCAGCGCAUCGCUUCUUCUAUACUUGCCAUACAAGGUGGAGGCGUAGCCCACUCUGUCGUUGUGAUCGACGGACAGACACUGAGUACUAUCGAAUUGGAUAAAGCACUUCACAUACUAUUUCUGGAUCUGGCUAUACUGGCGGACUCGGUGAUCUGUUGUCGUGCCUCGCCGAGCCAGAAAGCUGGUCUUGUACAUGCUAUCCGAAAGCGUGUCAGCCAUAGCGUCACACUUGCUAUAGGUGAUGGUGCCAACGAUAUUGCCAUGAUCCAAGAGGCACAUGUUGGUAUUGGCAUCACUGGCAAGGAAGGCGUACAGGCCGCAAGAGUCUCGGACUAUUCCAUUGCACAAUUCAGAUUCUUGACCAAGCUACUUCUGGUCCACGGGCGCUGGAACUAUGUACGGACUUGCAAGUACAUCGUUUGCACUUUCUAUAAGGAAAUGCUUUUCUACUUGACCCAGGCACUUUUUCAGCACCAAGCUGGCUACACUGGCACAUCGCUAUAUGAGUCGUGGUCGCUCUCCAUGUUUAACACUCUGUUCACAUCGCUAGUCGUCAUCUUCCUAGGCAUCUUCGAGCAAGAUCUGCGAGCUCCUACACUCAUCGCCGUACCCGAGCUAUACAACAAAGGACAAAGAUCAGCUGGAUUCAACCUUAGAGUCUACGCGGGCUGGAUGUUCAUGGCAGUCGCCGAGGCCACGAUCAUCUACUUCACAAUGCAAGGCUUGUACGCUCAAGCCAAGUUCACGCUAGACGACUCUCUUUAUCCACUUGGCGACAUGACCUUUACAGCUUGUGUCGUGGUCAUUGCGACGAAGCUCCAGGUCAUUGAGCAGAGGUAUCGUACCUACAUGGCAAUAAUUGGCUGGGUCCUCGCUGUCGGAGGUUGGGCUUUGUGGAACAUCAUUCUGGCCGUCACGUAUCACAACGCCAAGAAUCCAGAGUACUUUGUCAAAGGUGGUUUGUUCCAUGGCUUCGGCCGAAGUGCUUUGUGGUGGCUGACAUUGCUCGUCGCGGUCAUGGCGCCACUGGCGUUCCAAGUCGCUAUUCGCGCCCUCAAGAAUGCUUUCUUCCCUACCGACGUCGAAAUCUUUCAGGUGCUCGAAGGCGACUUGAGUAUUCGCAAACGCUUCGAGGAAGCUAGUGCGCCGUGGCUACAAGCCGGAUGGCGUCGUGGGACUAAGAAGAGUAGCGUCGAGCUGCAACGUGAAGCAGAGCUCCAGGCGAAGCGUGAGGGUGAGGUGCAGGACUUACUCAACCGGCCGCGUGUCAUGGAGGAGGGGAAGAAUAGCAUGCGUGUUGAUACGGAAGAAAUGACCAUCAUUGUUGAUGAUGGAGCUGCACGGCCCAGUACUGAUAUCAGAGAGAUGCUAUCGAGAGGCUAUGGAAAGGUAACAAACGAUGACGGCCCUCCUUCCACGGAGAGCUCGCCAUACAUCCUGCCGUUCGUACGAACAUUGGAAGAAGCCGGCCACACCGUCUCUGUCAUCGUACCAGAUACCCAGCGCUCUUGGAUAGGAAAAGCCCACAUCGUCGGUCAAGACGUCCAAGCCUCGCACUACUGGCCUCCUCGCUCAAACCCAGACGUGCACUCCGCCACCGCAUCGUCACCACCCAAGGACGACAAGAAUACCCAAUCCUGGGUCCUCGUGAACUCCACACCAGCCUCCUGCGCUCAAUUGGGUCUCAGCCAAUUCUUCUUUCAAGAUCGUGCACCUAUAGACCUCGUCAUUAGCGGACCGAAUUACGGCCGCAACACAACAGCCGUCUUUGCCCUUUCUUCAGGAACCCUAGGAGCAGCGCUCGAAAGCUCAGUCUGCGGGUACAAAUCCAUCGCCCUCUCUUUCGCUUUCUUCGACCGCAACACAGCCUCUGAUAUCGUGAAUGAGGCAUGUGAGCAAAGUGUGAAGGUGUGCGAGUACCUUGCUUCCAAAGCAGAGUGGGGUGGCGGAAGACUGUACUCGGUCAACGUGCCAUUGCAGAAAGGUGUGAAGGGGAGGAAGGUACAGUGGACGACUAUGCUCCAGAAUGAGUGGCGGAAGGGAGCGUGCUUCCAGGAACUGCCAGCGGCAAGUGCCGUUGAUGGAGCAGAGGCUGAGGAGGCGAAGUUGAGAAGGCAGGAGAGCAAUGAUGGGAGUGCUAAUGGCAAGGAGGCGUCCGGCAGCGACAAAUGGCAGAAUAGACAUUUCAAGUGGGCGCCUAGGUUCACGGACGUUUACGACGCUGUUCUGGAAGCAGGACCGGGCUCUGAUGGGUGGGCAGUGAAGGAGGGUGAGACGAGUAUCACGGCUAUACGAGCUAAUUUCAUGCAUGCUGGGCCGUCUGAGGGCGAGGUAAAGCUAUGA